AUGGCUUCUCACGACGACCCGGAGAAGAAGCGGGUUUCUCACAGAAUUCGCUCGCUCUCCAAAUCCCUCCAUCGCCUUUCCUCGAACCACGUACCGGACCGUCUCAAGAAUAACGACGAUGAACAAGAAGAUUUUACGGCGCCGCCUAAAAUCCUUACAGCCAGAGACAUACCAUAUAUGCACCAAUCUGUUUUCUCUUUGAUUGCAGCCGCCGGCUCGCGAUCCGAUUUUCAUUCUCGAUUUGAUGAUUCUAGUGACAGUGACGGUGAUGAUUCGGAAGAGAAAAAACGACAGGAUCCGUUGCACAGACGACUCGUCGGGAGGCUAUCGAACAAACCCGGCAAAGAAGUUUCAUCGUCGCAGGUCAUUCCGGAGGAGACUGGACAAGAACCGCGACCUUCAAAGAUACCAUCCACGAGCUCUGUCAGCAGUCAUCGAAGGACAGGCUCAGGAAAUCGGCUACUACGAUCAAUCCCAAGCAUAGGUUCUAAGCGAACAGACAAAGAAGGCAAAUCUGACCAGGCUGCCGAGGCUGCCGAGGCAGCUCAAAGCCCGCGGAAUGAAGUGCAACCGGCUCGAGAAACAACUACGACUCCUCGGACCGCGCCCGUUCUAAGUCGGAUGAUAGAAGCUCAAAGCCGAUUCGAUCCCGCAGCGCUCUCGACUGAGGAACAUGCGCAGGCUGAAAAAGAGACCGAUGACAAGCAAAGUGAUGAACAAAAGUCAAAAGUUCUCCUGCCUAUUCGACUGAAAGAAAUCUUUGGUUUUGAAAGGCCUGAGCCGGUCAUUGGAGAGUAUCCCUGCUGGCUUAUGCAAAAUGUUGCGCUUCAGGGAUACAUGUACAUUACCGAAGGACAUAUCUGCUUCUAUGCCUAUCUUCCGCAAAAAUCUAACGUGGCCGUCAAGUCCGGCCAGUUGAGUAAGCGUGGUCGCAAUAACCCCCGAUACAAGCGUUACUGGUUUUCCUUGAAAGGCGAUGUGUUUUCCUACUAUGCGGAUCCAUCGAAAUUAUACUUUCCAAGCGGUCACAUUGACUUGCGAUAUGGGAUCAGCGCAUCGCUUGCAGAAAAGGAGAAGGGUAAAGACACUCGAGAUUUUACUGUGACUACUGAUCAGCGGUCGUAUUACUUCCGGGCAGACAGUGCAUCCAGCGCCAACGAGUGGGUGAAGGCUUUGCAGAAGGUCAUUUUCCGUUCACAAAAUGAAGGCGGACGGGUGAAGAUAUCUCUGCCAUUGGAGGACAUCAUGGACAUAGAAGAGAGUCCUAUGAUGGACUUGGCUCAGACAUUCAAAAUCAGAGUGGUGGAUAUACACGAGACCUAUGCGAUUGAUGAACAUUUUUUCUCGUUCUUCAACUUUGGACAAGAUGCAUUUGAGGUGCUCAAAGGCUUAAUCAACGACUCAACAGCACGAAGGAUAGCCCAAGAUCCCAAUGCUACACAGGUGCUGAACUCAGUAGUCAGUGAAAGCCAUCGCCAACGAGCAGAUUCAUCGGCUUCGGAGAAGCUUGACGCGAAGCUUGAAUCUAGUUCAGCUCAAAAGAGUGAGACUUCUGAUCAAAAUCUGGAAUCUGAUUCUUUCGUACAGUCUAUGGGCCAGACAGAAUCUUCGCUUAGCCUGCAGUCACACCCGGACACCAUCGUCACGGCUAGUCAGAUCCUAACACGAGACGAUGUUUUCAAUUCACCUACAAUUCAUAGUUUGCGCCCUAAUACUUCGCUUGACGGCGUAUCUUUUGAAAGCCCCUCCAGAAAGGUGUUGACCGAACCCAUCAAGAAGACGGGUAAAGAAGUUUCGAGGGAUCCGGUACAAGACGCUUCGAUUGAACGCAAGUCCUACGUAACUGCAGCUCCGACGAUUCACGAACUUGUGAAAGCCGGGACUUAUCCUUUACAACGUGCAGCUGGGUUUGCAGAGUAUUUGAAAAGCCGAUCUCGACAAAUGAGCAGCCUUCUGGCAACCGAGUCCAUGGGAUACAUCGAGAAAGUGUCCGGUAUGUGGAUAGGCGGGGGAAAGCACUAUGCCGAAGGUGAAGAUCCGGCUCUGGAGCAAUACUUUGAUGGCGAGGAUGCAGAAACGAGCGGCACUUAUGGUGAUCGUUUUCGUGCGCACUUUGCGCUCCCACCUACUGAGAAGCUUCAAGCCACAUACUAUGGAUAUCUUCACCGUGUUCUACCUCUUUACGGUAAGAUCUACAUAGGAAACAGCAAAUUCUGCUUUAGAAGUCUGCUACCUGGGACCCGAACAAAGAUGAUUCUACCUAUCAAAGAUAUUGAGAAUGUCGAGAAGGAGAAAGGGUUUCGAUUCGGUUAUCAGGGUCUUGUCCUUAUCAUCCGCGGUCAUGAGGAACUCUUCUUCGAAUUCAAUGCAGCAGACUCUCGCGAUGACUGCGCAGUCACACUACAUCAUCGGCUCGAGUCGGKGCGAUUUCUUGCACAAUCCAGUAUAUUAAUGCAAAAGGAUAAGGACGAGGCGGCCGCUGCAAAGGCUGAGCAGCAACUACUACAAGAAGCAAUGCAGGGGACUUUGGUAGAAGACUCGCAAGAGGUACAUCCGAUCUUUGAUGACCCGCGCGCUUCAAUCGUGAACUUCAAACCUACGGAGUCAUUGCGGAUUACGUGCUUGACUAUCGGUUCGCGAGGAGAUGUUCAACCUUAUAUUAGUCUUUGCAAAGGAUUACUUGCCGAGGGACACCGGCCAAAGAUUGCAACGCAUGCUGAAUUCGGGCCAUGGGUCCUCCAGCAUGGCAUUGAUUUUGCACCUAUUGGGGGCGAUCCGGCAGAGCUGAUGAGGAUUUGCGUGGAAAAUGGAAUGUUCACUUAUUCGUUCUUGAAGGAAGCCUCUUCCAAGUUUCGAGGGUGGAUGGACGACCUUUUGACUUCAGCUUGGAAUGCCUGUCAAGAUAGUGAUGUUUUAAUCGAAUCUCCCAGUGCAAUGGCUGGAAUUCACAUCGCUGAGGCUCUUCGAAUCCCUUAUUUCCGCGCCUUCACCAUGCCUUGGUCACGUACACGAGCAUAUCCACAUGCUUUUGCCGUUCCCGAGCACAAAAUGGGCGGUGCCUACAACUAUAUAACGUACGUGAUGUUUGACAAUGUGUUUUGGCGAGCUAUGUCCGGCCAGGUAAAUAGAUGGCGAAAGAUGGAAUUGGGCCUUCGAGGCACAACCCUUGACAAGAUGCAAGCGAACAAAGUGCCAUUCUUGUAUAAUUACUCACCGUCGGUUGUUCCACCACCGCUCGAUUAUCCUGACUGGAUUCGAGUUACGGGUUACUGGUUCUUGAACGAAGCUUCGACCUGGACUCCUCCAACAGAGCUCACCAAUUUCAUCAAAAAGGCACGCGAAGAUGGCAAGAAGAUUGUUUACAUUGGCUUUGGAUCUAUCGUUGUUUCGGAUCCUGCUGCAUUGACUCGCACGGUUGUCGAAUCAGUCCAGAAAGCGGAUAUUCGCUGCAUCUUGUCCAAGGGCUGGUCCGAUCGUCUAGGCGAUCCAAAGAGCACCCGUUCUGAGGUUCCUCUUCCUUCAGAAAUUCAUCAGAUCCAAUCAGCUCCGCAUGAUUGGCUUUUUACUCAGAUUGACGCAGCUGUGCAUCACGGAGGUGCUGGUACCACAGGAGCCAGCCUUCGUGCCGGUGUUCCUACUAUAAUAAAGCCGUUUUUUGGAGACCAGUUCUUCUCUGGAUCACGAGUUGAGGAUUUGGGAGUCGGCAUCUGCAUGAAGAAGCUCAACGUGGGAGUGUUUUCGCGGGCGCUCUGGGAAGCGACUCAUAGUGAGCGAAUGAUCUUGAAGGCUAAGCUUCUCGGCGAGCAGAUCCGUAAGGAAAACGGGGUCGCCACCGCCAUUCAAGCAAUCUAUCGCGACCUAGAAUACGCAACAACCCUAACCCGCCAACGCGCUUCUCUUUCCACCACACCACUUACAGCAACAGAAGAAAGCAAACCUGCUGACGAGGGUGAAGAAGCCGAUGACAUGGAAGGCGAAGAAUCAUGGACUUUUGUGGAUGACUACGCCGAUCCCGAAUUGCUCAAGAACGAGAAUUUGUUCUACCAGAAGAACUUUACCUCUUCCCCGGCAUCUUCACCAACGCUCACAAACAAAUGA